AUGGACGACGAGGAGACAGAGCUUCGGAACCCGUUCCCCUCGCCUCCCUCCUGCUACACCCACUACACCACCCACAAUCUCGCGCUCCUCCAGCUGUUGCGCGAACGCGCCGGCCCCGACGCCGAUCUCGGUGCUCUGAACCAGUAUGAGGUGCUCUCAGACCAGCAAGAUGUCCCCGAAUACCCAGUCGCUCAGCUGGAGAAGCCGCGGGUGGAUUGGAUCAUGGAGGAGGGCAGCUACACCGUAUUCAAGGAUAAAUGGCUUAUCAAGGAGAGCAUCCCAUCCCUAGCCGAGGCCGGUGGGCACCAGCUCUAUCCUGAAGACCCCACAGUCGACCGCCGCCCAGCGCUGCGCAGCAUCCUGCGCUCGCUCCUCGUCUCGUACUCGAAGCUGCUCUCAUCGCUGCUCGCGCCGCCGCCGACCGCGUCGUCGCAGACGGAGCCGGAGUGGCGGACGCACCUCGAGUGGAUCAACGUCCUCUCGCUGAACAUCCUCGGCGCCGCGAACGACCUCCGCCCCGUGCAGGCGCGCGCGAACCUGGAGCUCAUGAUGCGGAGACAGCUGGAACUGCGCAGGGAGGAGACCAAGGCGAUCCACGCGAAAUGCGACGCGUUGGAGGUGCAGCUUGCGGCGCUGCGUGCUGCGUCGCAGGAGGAGAGCCUUGCUGCGAGUCAGGGCGCGGCUUCGGCUCAGAGCACCCAGGCCACGAUACUAAGCUCGAUACCCUCUCAGCAAUCACCGGAUCCCGGGAAUUUGUCCAUGGAAGAUGUCCUGCGAUGGGCCGAGGAAGUUGCCUGA